UUCGCAGGGAAAGGCGGUUUAUUGAGCAAUAAAACCAAAUAAAUAAUCCAAAACACCCAUUUGCCCAGUAACUGGGCACUAGCCAAUACUAAGAAAACACCUAGGAAUGUGUGUAGUUUAUCAACGACGGUCUAUGUUGGAUUUUGUUUCUGUAUAUGAUAAUGUUUUUUUCUUGAUAAACAAACAGUCCCAUACUCAAAAAUAUGUCACAAGCGGAAAUUCCAACGUGAUGCUGACAUCAUACUCUUGGAGAUUUUGUCGACUCUCUCUUCUUUGCUGAUCUCGUUCUGUCUCUCUCUCUCUCUCUGUCUGCUGUGUCAGUAUAUUCAUUGUAGAUUAGACAAGCUUUUUCCGUCUUGGUUGGAACUCUGAUUGACCAUCUUCUCCCACAAGAAAGAUUUAUUCUUUAAUACUUUCUGGGUGUUUUUAAUGGCUACUGUUGCCUUAACGUCCAAUCUCAUCUGGGGCACUUCUUCUGAUCCUGGUCAUGCCCUUCAGUUUCUUGUCUCUCGUUAUAAAUUCACCACGACACCUUUUUUUCUUAAAAAAUGGAGUGGCAGCCGAGGUGGGUUUUCUUCCAAUCGUCGAUUCCAAGUAUUUUGCCAAUACAAGAAUGAAGAAAUACAGAUAAGAAGGUGUUCUCCUUUUCUUGAAAGCUCAUUACUAUCAGGUAAUGGCACUGCUGCCUCUGAUCAGUGGAAAGCAGUUCCUGACAUUUGGAGGUCAUCAGCUGAGAAAUACGGUGAUCGGGUAGCACUUGUGGAUCCAUAUCAUGAUCCACCAUCAAGUAUGACUUAUAACCAGCUGGAACAGGAAAUUAUGGACUUCUCUGAAGGCCUAAGAGUUAUUGGAGUAAAACCAGAUGAGAAGGUUGCACUUUUUGCUGAUAAUUCAUGCCGUUGGCUUGUGGCAGAUCAGGGUAUAAUGGCCACAGGAGCAAUUAAUGUGGUAAGGGGUUCGAGAUCAUCAGUCGAAGAAUUAUUACAAAUAUAUAAUCACUCCGAAAGUACUGCACUUGUCGUUGACAGUCCUGAAUUGUUCAAUCGGAUCUCAGAAGUGUUUCGUUCCAAUGCUGUCAUGAGAUUUGUCAUUCUUCUCUGGGGGAAUAAAUCCAGCCUGCCUAGUGAAGGAGUUGAAGGGAUCCCCGUUUUUAGUCACAAGGAGAUAAUAAAUUUGGGACGAGAGAGUCGUAAGGCUAUGUUUGAUUCUAAUGAUGCUGGGAAACUUUAUAAAUAUGAAGCUAUCAACUCUGAUGAUAUUGCUACGCUUGUUUAUACAAGUGGAACAACUGGCAACCCUAAAGGCGUCAUGCUUACACAUCGAAAUCUGUUGCACCAGAUACACAACUUGUGGGAUAUAGUACCUGCUGCAGUUGGGGAUAGAUUUCUCUCCAUGCUUCCUCCUUGGCAUGCAUAUGAACGAGCUUGCGAGUAUUUUACAUUUACACAUGGAGUUGAGCAAGUAUAUACAACUGUGAGGAACUUGAAGGAUGAUUUACGACAGUAUCAACCAAAUUAUGUGAUUUCAGUUCCCUUGGUCUAUGAGACACUCUACAGUGGAAUUCAGAAACAAAUUUCUACUGGCUCUACAGCUCGUAAGUUUAUUGCCCUUACAUUCAUAAGGAUCAGUAUGGCCUACAUGGAGUUCAAGAGGAUAUAUGAGGGGAUCUACCUCACAAAGAGCCAGAAGCAACCUUCAUAUGUUAGUUCUUUGUUGGAUUGGUUAUGGGCAAGAAUCAUGGGUGCAAUUUUGUGGCCAUUGCAUUUGUUGGCUAAGAUCCUUGUCUACAGAAAAAUCCAUGCUGCUAUAGGAAUAUCAAAGGCUGGCAUAAGUGGAGGUGGUAGCCUUCCCCCUUAUGUUGAUAAGUUUUUUGAGGCAAUUGGUGUGAAAGUACAAAAUGGGUAUGGUCUAACAGAAUCUUCUCCUGUUGUUUCUGCUCGGCGACCAACUUGUAAUGUCCUUGGCUCUGUUGGUCAUCCUAUUCGGCAUACAGAGUUCAAAGUCAUAGAUCCUGAAACUGGUGAAGUCCUACCACCUGGUACAAAGGGAAUUGUAAAAUUAAGGGGCCCACAAGUGAUGAAAGGUUACUUUAAGAAUCCAGAGGCUACAAAGCAAGUGUUAGAUGAGGAUGGUUGGCUCAACACUGGUGAUAUAGGUUGGAUUGCUUCUCACCAUUCAAUUGGACGAAGCCGCCAUUGCGGAGGAGUCAUUGUCCUUGAUGGACGUGCUAAGGAUACUAUAGUUCUUUCAACAGGUGAAAAUGUUGAACCGGUAGAGCUUGAAGAAGCUGCCUUGAGAAGUAGUUUAAUUCAGCAGAUUGUUGUCAUUGGCCAGGAUAAACGGCGGCUUGGAGCUAUAAUUGUUCCAAACAAAGAAGAGGCUUUAAUUUUAGCAAAAGCAUUGUCUAUUAUAGAUGUUAAUGCCACGGAAAUAAGCAAUGAAAAAUUGAAAGCCUUACUCUAUGAGGAAUUACGAAGAUGGACUUCAGAGUGUUCAUUUCAAAUCGGACCAAUCCUUGUAGUGGAUGAUCCUUUUACGAUUGAUAGUGGUUUGAUGACUCCAACGAUGAAAAUUCGGAGGGACAGAGUUGUAACAUUAUUGGAGGAACAAAUAAAUGAACUUUACAAGUAAAACAUCCUAACUAGGAAUGCAGGGAUGCACUCAAAUAGAGGAGAAGGGGGGAGGGGCGAAAGCCAUCUAGAUACACUUAUAAGUGAAAAUGUUUAUACCAAGGCCCAAGGCCAUUACUAGUUUAAUGUAUUUCUAAGUAAGUUAUCGGCUAUAAUUCUAUAAGACACAAAUAAUGCUAAACUGGAAUCUCUAUCAUGCAAUAUAUUAUGCAUAAUAUGGUUCCAUUUAUACAUCGUGUACUAUUUUAUACAAAAUGGAUACCUUUGAUCUUGUUGUUGUGAA